CUGCCCAUGCUCACAAGGACAGGAGGAGAUCAGCCAGACUGCAGCUGAUAGAUGUGUUGUAGUGAUGUAAUGUUGCCUGUUUGGUGACUACGGAUGGCUGUCUGUGCCAGGCUCUGCGGAGUGGGUCAGUCGCGGAGGUGCCGGAGGCGACAGCGGCAUAAUCAGCAGGAUCAGGGCAGCGAUUCCGACAUGGACGAGGAAGAAGAGGAGCGGAUCGUGGGUCAGAGGCAAGGCGACGUCGGCGGCGGCGGCGGAGGCCCGGAGAGCGGCGUCGCCACUGCAGGGCCGAGUGACGCUUGUGAAUAUGGCAGCAGUCAUGUCAACAGAGGAGGCUCUCUGGAUUGCACAAGCACGGGACCUCCACACCCGCAGUCAUUAUCGGAGCUACCGCCGGAGCUUUUAGUGGAAAUAUUCUCCUUGCUACCAGGAACAGCAUUACCAAACGUUGCCCUGGUCUGCAAGAAAUUCAGACAAAUCUUAAACACUGAAACCAUCUGGAGAAGGCGGUGCAUGGAAGAGUUUGGUAUGAAGGAUGAUCUGAGGAAGAUGGAAGUUGGAGGAGUAUCUAGCCGGGACCUCUAUGUUAAACGUGUCAACCCCCGGGUGAAGUCUGGGCGCUUUAUGAAGCUCCUCCCGGACUACGAGCACAUGGACUAUAGAGACGUGUACACACACUUGCUUCACCCAUACAGACAUAUAUUGGGCUUAUGGCAGCCUGACAUAGGGCCUUAUGGUGGAUUGCUCAACGUUGUGGUGGAUGGGCUGUUCAUCAUAGGCUGGAUGUAUUUGCCACCUCAUGACCCCCGUGUGGAGGAUCCAAUGAGAAGACGGCCGCUCUUUCGUAUUCACAUGUGGGAGAGCAAGAAGGCCACUGUGGAGUGUAUGUACGGACACAAGGGUCCCCACAAAGGAGACAUACAGACUGUGAAGAAGGAUGAAUUUUCAACAAAGUGUAACCAGACUGAUCAUCACCGAAUGCCUGGAGGCAGACAGGAGGAGUUCAGGACAUGGUUGGAGGAAGAAUGGGGCCGAACACUGGAAGAAAUCUUUCAUGAGCACAUGCAGGAGCUUAUUCUGAUGAAGUUCAUUUAUACCAGUCAAUAUGAUAACUGCUUGACGUAUCGGCGGAUCUACCUGCCUCCUGUGAGGCCCUCUGACCUGCUGGCCCCGGGCCUCUUCAAAGGCACAUACGGCAGUCAUGGCUUGGAGAUCGUCAUGCUCAGUUUCAAUGGUACUUAUGCGAGAGCCACCAAGCUCACUGGAGACCCAAAUGUUCCUGCCGGGCAGCUUACUCUGAAUGUUGACCUGAACCGGCCCGUGGUCCUCCCAGACUUGGAGCACCAGCGCAACAUAGAGGAGCUUUCCCGGCUGGUACUGGGAGUACACGAGGAAGUUCAGAGAGAAGAUCCACAACAGGCCAGGGACACUUCGGCCACAGUGAGAGGUGCAGCAGAGGGGGCCUGCGGUGGUACCAGCGCAGCAGCAGCAGCAGCAGCAGCAGCAGCAGCAGCAGAAGCAGAAGAGGAGGAGGCAGACCAUGCUGCCAGUUCAGACGGCUGCGAGCCUGGCCCCAGCAGCAGCAGCAGCUGUCCACCUGAAGCCCAGCCCUUCGUCCUGCCCCUCGGGGUUAUGGCUCGCAACGAGGUCUACCCUCGCACAUGUAGGAAAUGCUUCUAUGGGACAGGCCUGAUCGCUGGGCACGGCUUCACAAGUCCAGAGCGCACCCCGGGGCUCUUUGUGCUGUUUGACGAGGACCGUUUUGGUUUCAUCUGGCUGGAGUUGAAGUCUUUCAGUCUGUACAGUCGCCUGACGGACCACCUAGCUCACGCUCACGCCCCAAAUAUGGAGAGAUUUGAGGCCAUGCUGUGCAACAUGCAGUCCUGGACAUCCUGAUGCACCAAGUUUGACCCCCACACAAUACAAUGCAUAAUAACAACCAUUUUACACGAAUCACCUCUGUCCUCCGCUGACUGAACGCUACAAUUACAAUAGCUGUAACUCUCCACGUUCUUUAUCUGUUAAACAAGCAUUGGGUUUUACUGACUUAUUAAGCUACUUAGAUCACCCUGACCAAGUACACUCGUGUUGCUGUUCCCAUGCAAGCACUUUGAAAGGCCUCCCAAGUCACCGUUUAUCACCUCACCUCAGUAUGACCUUAAUCCUCCAGUGCAGCAUGAUAACAGGUCACAUUAACCUUUUUUAUUUAUUUAUUUAUUCCCUGCAGGAGAAAAGGAAUGGUAUUUCAUAACACUUAUUAUGAAUCAAACUGUACGUGCCUCUGAUUCUAAAACCAUGUCUGUACUUGAUAGUGCUUGAAGAUGAUAAAGGUGUCCAAUGUAUUCUACUAUAUAGCAUUAUAUGGAUUUCAGUGCCCAACAUAUUGAACUGCAUGCUGCGUUUUAUUUAGAUCUAAUCACAUCUCAUAACCAUUAUCUGAACAUGAUGUUUUAUUUUUCUUAUGCAGCAUGCCUUGCUUUUUUAGUUUUUUUUGCUUUAAAAAAAAAAGACAGCUUCUCAGGUGUUUUUCUCUUUGCCACAAGUCAGUGAAAAAAUGGACAAAGUAUUUAUGUGUACAACAAAAGUGUAUUAAGUUAGAUUUGUUUAGUAAUUUGUCCAAUAGGAGUACUGAGUUUUACAACUGGGCAGUUUUCUAACCAUUGAUAAGAGAGUGUUUGCUGUCUUAUCAAACACCGGAGCUACAUCAUCCAGUUUUUGCCCUUUGAACAUACGAGAUAGUGAUGUGCUCUCAUUGGCCUACAUCAAACACGCUCGUCACCAUACCUAACAUAAUAUUAUGUAAGUUGGAAAAUGUAUCGUACCGCAAUAGAAUAAUAAUACCUAUACAUAAGCUGAUCAAAAUAUCAGAAUAAUACAGGUUUAUGCGCUUAUAUAAUGAUGGUCUGAAACAGAAACUUCUCUUACCUUUGAAAUGUAUUCCAUUUGUUGUUUGUUUAAACGGCCGACAUAACGUUUGCCUGGCUUUUUAUCUGCAAAGUUUUCCAAUUCAUCUCGAACUUGAGACUAAGCUAGCUGAACAUUAUACAAACUAACAGCUCAAAGUGCAUCUCAAAGUACCAAGUACGUGUCUGUAUGCCUCAUUACGGCCUGAAGGUGUUGCCCAGUAGCUUUCUUCCUCCAAGUGCACUUUUCUGGGCAGUAUAGUGAAUCAUUCAAAACCACUGGCCAGCACUUUUAUAUCUGACUGCAGCUUUACUAACAUUUGCAAAAAAAGUGUCUGCUAAAACGCCAUCAACUUAAUUUUAACACUUUUUAUUCAUUUCCUCUCAAAUUAAGUAUAAUUGUUUUUUACAUUCUCCUAUCUGUAAGCCCUCUGCACCCAGCUGUUUGAAUGAUUUGCCUUGGAAAAGUGUUGCUUUGUACCAUUUUCAAUGCGAUACUCCUGAUUUUGUUGAAAACAAAUUAAGUUCGACCUAUUGAACUGCUCACAUCAGACUUCAGGGAGCUUUUCAGCUUAAGCGCUCUUCUCAGUAAUAAAAUAUUCAAAACUGAAAA